ACGGCCUCCAUCGCUGGUGACCUAGACGAGGCUGCAACCGUUGAACCGCGAUGCUCACUGCUGCUGAACGAGGCCGGGAUGCACCGCCGGCCACCGUUCCCGACUGCGCGUCGGUUCGGCGGUCUGGGACUGUCGGGAACGGUCGCUGAGUCAGUCGUCGGAAAGCCUCCAACUUGAAGCUACACCACGUGGGGGCAAACCGGUUUGCAAAUGCGUGCCAGAAAAAAAAGCAAUUCUCGGUGGCUUGCUGGUCCGGUGUCAAAUUUCGCUAAGGCUACCACUGGUAUUCGGUGGAAGACGAGGGGAUGGCUGCGGAGUCCUCGCUGCCGUGGAGUUGAUUACGCGCCAAAGGAUCGUUAAAUUUUUCAAUUGAUCUUAAAAUGCCCAGCGUAGUUCCUCAUCAAUUGCUGCGAAUUCCACACCUGACCCCUUCCACUUCUCUUUCAUGCCGACUCGAGUGUGCAACCGAAUAAGUGGUCUGUCGAUCAUGCAGCCAAUGCCGAAUAAAGAUGAAGUUUGCAAAGGAGCUGGAACAAGAACUGGUCCCAGAAUGGCGGGCCAAAUACCUGGACUAUAAGCUAGGUAAGAAAAAGAUCAAAGCCAUUGCCCGUGCGCUCCGGGCUCUCGAACAGGCGCCCCGGACUCCAGGUCGUCGUGGUUUUAUACUCUCUGGAAAUGAUUCUCAUACGCCUCGCAUCGGGCGCCCUGGUCUCCUUCAGCUUGUCUCGUAUCGUGGAACGCAGUCGAAAGGUCCCUCCGAUAACUGUAGAAGUAAUGAGGAGGGCGACGCGCAACAGAUUACCAGUUAUUUCCAGCCUCAUGUUGCGGUCCUACCCGAAACACGGCCGCUGAAGAGCCCUACUUCGCGGUUUGCAGACCACACUGCCGGUUAUGGCAGCAUUGUGACUGCAAAAUCUCAUGCUACUCGGUCAACUGGCCUUCCAUCUCUGGAGCUUCCGGACCCCGCCCUAGAUCCCAAUGAGACAAGUUUUCCUCCCUGUAGUCAAAUGUUCAGCGGAGGUUCCCUGAGCUCUGGUGAAACCCCUACUGCAGGGCGGGGCCGGGGUCAAAACGGCAAUAUUCCUCCCAGCAUACUUCCGGGGCCGAGAAAUGUGUUCAGACCCAGGAGCGGUUCUCUUCCUGUUCGACCUCGCGCCCGGAAAGGUUCAUUCUUGCAGCGUAUAUUUACGUCGAUGGACCAUGAAUCUCCGGCUGCGGAUCCACCCGCAGAAGCGUUCUUUGAGCUGAGGAAUAGGGAAAACGAGUUUUUCUAUUUUCUGGACUCGGAGCUCGCUAAAAUAGAGUCUUUCUAUAGAUUGAAAGAGGAAGAGGCCACGGAUAGACUUGGAAUGCUUAAGCAACAGCUUCAUGUGAUGCGUGACAUGAGACUCGAGGAGCUAAGGGCCAAGGCCAGGUCACGACACCAGCGAACGUCCACCGGCACCGCAAAUAAUGACAACAAUGACUCGAGUGCUGCGGCGAGAUGGAAGAAACCGCUGAGCAGAUCAUUAACUACCUCGUCUAAAUUUGCCAAAAUCUCAAAGGAAAUGGAUGAGUUACCUACACCUGGAUCCACUCUACACAGAUCUCAUGGGCCCGAGGGCUAUAGGGACUUUGUUCGCAGUCAGGAGCGCGAUGUCCCAUAUAGAUCAGCCAAAGGAAAGCUCAAAGUGGCUUUGCUCGAGUUCUACCGGGGACUGGAAUUAUUGAAAGCAUAUGCCUACUUAAAUCGAAAAGCCUUUAGGAAAAUGAACAAGAAAUAUGACAAGGUAACUAAUGCGCGGCCAACUGGGAGAUAUAUGUCCGAAAAGGUCAAUAAGGCUUGGUUUGUCCAAAGCGAUCUUGUCGAGAACCACCUCGUAGCAGUCGAGGACUUGUAUACUCGAUAUUUUGAGCGUGGCAACCGGAAGGUUGCUGUCACCAAACUUCGUGGCAAGACCAGAAGGUCACAGGAUUACUCUCCCAACUCCUUUAGAAACGGACUCUUGUUCUCUGCCGGGCUAGUAUUCGGCAUCCAAGGGUUGGUUCAUGCUGUUGGACACCUCUUUAAUAAUGACGACGACGAUGAUGACUUUGAUGACAUACGUGUUCGAACAAGCUAUCUACUUCAGAUCUACGGUGGAUAUACUCUGAUCUUACUUCAUUUUAUAUUCUUUUGUCUAAAUUGCAGAAUCUGGACGCUUUCAAAGAUCAACUAUGUUUUCGUGUUUGAAUAUGAUACCCGACACGUUUUAGAUUGGCGUCAGCUUGCGGAGAUACCUUGCUUCCUUGUCUGUUUAUUAGGCUUGGUCAUUUGGUUAAAUUUCGGCUGGGUUAAUGAAAUGUAUAUUUAUUGGCCAAUCGUCUUAAUUGGAUUGACCAUCAUCAUCCUCUUCAUACCGGCACCUAUACUUUACCAUCGCAGCCGGAAAUGGUGGGCUUAUUCUAAUUGGCGCCUGAUGCUAGCCGGCUUGUACCCCGUGGAAUUUCGAGAUUUCUUUCUCGGAGACAUGUAUUGUUCGCAAACAUAUGCUAUGGGCAAUCUGGCAUUAUUCUUGUGUUUAUAUUCUGCCGGCUGGUCCGAUCCUGCCCACUGCAACUCCUCUCAUUCUCGGGCGAUGGGAUUCCUGACAACGGUUCCAUCCAUAUGGCGUGCAUUGCAGUGUCUUCGACGUUAUCGAGAUACCAGGAAUUGGUUUCCGCACAUCGUCAAUCUUGGCAAAUAUUCGUUUUCUAUUAUGUACUACAUGACCCUAAGCCUGUACCGUGUCAAUAAAGUCGAAAGUCUUCGCGCCACUUUCAUAGCGUUUGCCCUUGUGAACGCCAUAUAUUCCUCCAUUUGGGACGUUGCCAUGGACUGGAGCCUUGGAAAUCCGUUUUCAAAAAAUCCGCUUUUACGAGACUUCCUUGGGUUCCGAAAACGUUGGAUAUACUACGCAGCGAUGGUCGUCGAUCCAAUUCUUCGAUUCAACUGGAUCUUCUACGCCAUAUUCACACAUGAUCUCCAGCAUUCUGCAAUCCUCAGCUUCAUCGUCUCUUUGUCUGAGGUUUGCCGGAGAGGAAUAUGGUCUAUUUUUCGCGUUGAAAACGAACACUGCACAAACGUUUGCCGAUUUAGAGCAUCUAGGGACGUCCCGUUACCCUAUGAUAUACCUACGCAAGCGUCCGUUGAGCACAUGCAACAACCGAAUGCAGCCCAACAACGGGUUGACGGAUCCCCCAUUGCUCGUGUACCGUCCACCAGGCCAGCCACAGGCACCGACGUUGAGCGUCUGGGCGCUGAUGGACUCACCGGUGUGCGGCGCCGCCGUGGAUCGCACCGUUCCGAAAUGCACGUGCCAAGUGGAACGCUCGCGCGCAUGGGAUCGAUACUAGCGAAUGCCCACGCGGAAGAUUUUGAACGGAGAAAGAGGCCCGGUGUCGUUGGCAGCGCGCUCGAUCACGAUGCGGAGCAGGUUCCGGCAGAUGAAACGGGCCGUGGUCCAGACGUACAUCGGAGGGAUAGUAGUACCGAUGAGGAGGAAGAAGAGGAUGAGGAGAGUGCGAGUGAGGAGAAUGACAUCAACGCCCUAGAUGAUCCGUGUCGUACGAGCAUGCGAAGCGGAAGUAUGUUUGACGACAACGACGAUGAUGAUAAUGGAGGGUUGAGGAAUUAAGGUUUGGAUUCGAUCCCCUCUCCUGGUUUUUUCGUUCCAAACCGUUUGGGUGUGGUUGUGGUUUCUCUUGACGCCGGCUGUGCGUUCUGCAAAGCCUUGAGACUUCAAUAAAUGCAUUAUUUGAAAGUCCUCCUGAAGCCUGGAGGCCAUCGAAUGUACAUAGAGACGAUAUCUAUAGAGAUACACUGCUUGACGAAUAAUGUAUGUAAUUAAUGUCCGUACCGAUGCAGUUGAUAACUGGAAU